ACGUCAAAACAAAUUCUCUCAAUUUUGUUUUACCAUUUUUUCUUAUCGGUAAUAAAUUCUACAACUAUCUUGUAAUGUGUAUUUUAGUUCAAAUUAGAAAUACAAGAAUAAUUUUAUGACGAUAUUUGGAUUAUAUUUGGAAUAUAGAUCAAACCCUCUUUGUUAUUUUUGGUGUACUAUUUUUGUCCGCUCUACAUUCGCUGAUUCGGUGCAUUGAAAUAUAUUUUGACGUCUAGCAAAGAAUGUCUUCAUACAAGUUUUCACUCGGUAACAUAACAAUAUUGUGAUGGUUAUGACUUCGUGCGUGGGCAUGGGGGACACGGUGUUGAGGGAGCGUCUACCGGCCUUGUGGCGACGCAUUGAGGACGCGCAUUACAGUUAUCUAGAGAUCGAUGAUAGCCCUGAGAAACUACAACAGAAGAAGAAGCUAGAAGGAUAUAUCCUCGAAUACUUAACUCUAGUGCCUCACGAAUGCAAGUUUGGUUUAGCAGAAACGGGGAAGGUAUUCCAGCGCACGGUUAAUGAGCUGCCCGAUUUUAGUGCGUACCGAGCGGGCAUCGGCUGGGCCGCGAUCGCUAGAUAUGCUGGAAACUUGCUCGCACAACCUUGGCGCAAGGAAUAUAGAGUUAUACGGCUGUACUCGGGGUUCUACAAGCACGAGGUGGAGGCGAAUCUCUCGGGCGCGGAGAGCAUGUUGGCGGCGCUGGGCUACCGCGCGUCGGGCGCGGGGCGCGUGUCGCUGGGCGCGCCCGUGUGCCCCGACAUGGCCGCCGCCGUGUCGCGCGACGCGCUCAUCGCGCACUGCGAGUGUCAGAUUAUGACACAAAUCUGGGAGAGCGUGUGGGGCGGGGGCGCGCGCGUGUCGUGGGCGGCCGUGGCGCGCGAGCGCAGCGCGCACGUGGCCGCGCCCGCCGCCGCCGCCGCGCGCCUGGCGGGCUACGGGGACGAUGGUGAAAUUUACUCGAACAUACCAACGACAGUAUCAGAUUCGCAUAGGAGACUCAAUGAAUCUCAAUACCCGGUGACGUCGCAUUGCAAUUGUUCUGAACCCCUGGAAGAGCCCGUUCAACCUAUAAUAAAUCCGUAUAUGUUACCUAGCAUGGUACCGUCACAUAUGAUGUAUCCAAUGCCUCAUAUGAACCCCGACAUACCAGUCACAGUGCCUCAAUGUAAUCCCGUGUCGAUGAUGACCCCUUAUGGGGCAGUGCCCUACUACUACCCUGUUCAAGCCCCGUACAUGAUACCAACCCCAGUAUACGCACCAAUAAAGCACGCAGCAACUGUACCGGUGAACGGAUAUCCUAUGCCUCAAUACAGGUAUCCAGCUGUACCGACAGCUCAGCUAAUAGAAUUAGAAGCACAAUCAGUUUAUGAAAAUGGGAAAUUUGAACGUCAUCCAGAGGAGAGAAGUCAUAGAAAAAGCAAGUAUGCGGAAGGGUCUAAGCGUACCUCGAGAUCUGGCUUUAGUGACGUUUCAUUACCUAGUUUGCCCCGAUCAGACACCCAGCCGACUUUGAGUAAAGCAAAGGAAGACGGCAUGGGCACAUACGAGAGUUGGGACUAUGUUUUCAGAAAUCUAUCGAGUAAAAAUCAGGAUGGGGAUAGUAGGAGUGGAUUUUCACAGUCAUUGGACAGGGAUUCGAGAACGCUUGACAGGUUAGACCGAGAAGAAAGGAGAUCGAAGUAUCAACAAACGACGCUUGAUUUAGAAGACGGCCUUCAAGCCUUACACCUUGACAGAUCUUACGACGAAGAGGUAUAUAGAACGGCAAAGGUAAAUGAGAACUUGAUGCGGUUGAAACUGGAACAGGAGCAGAAAAGGGCAAAGCAGUUAGCAAAAAAACAAAUUGAAGAGAAAAAAUCCAAGAAAACCAUAGAACCCAUCGGUAAUCCAAGAGCCGAUGGCUUAGUGACUCUAAAAACAGCUCCCGAUAAAGUGAAACUAUUGACUAAGAAGGAGAUAAAAGAUAGGAAAGAUGUAAUCAAGCAACAGAAUAAUGUAAACGGUUCGGUGCCAAAUACAGCUGAAGUUAAGAAGGUAAAGAAACCAACGAGACUUGUUGCGGCGGAAUUGGACAAGACGAAGACAAAACCGACGGAAAAUGGAGUUCACAAACCAGGUCAUAGUUCCAAAAGUGCUGGAGUAUCCAGUGUUCCUCAAUCGAAUUACAAUUUAAAGGCGCAACUAGUCGUCUCGCUCGAUGAACCCGAUUUCACACGUCGAUCGCCCCCGAAGCAUCAGAACGGCGAACGUGAACGAUCAUCGAGCCGAGCGAGUAACGAGAGAGAGAGACAGGAUAACCAAAACGAGACGAAAAGAGACAAGUGGCAGUGCGGUACUUGCACGUAUUUAAACAAAAACUCUUUAGUCGCAUGCGAAAUGUGCGGGAAAUCCAAAAGAGGCCCCGAGAUCGAGCCACUCACGUCGGGAGGGCGGGAGUGCCCCGCCUGUACGUUGGUUAAUAAAAGAGAGGCCAGGGCGUGCGAUGCGUGUGGCACGAGCUUGGAACAUUGCCCGACGUACAUAUGAAGCUUAAGGUUAGAUAAGGAUAGAUAUAUUGGACGGUAACGCGCGAAAAUGUGAUAGAUUUUUAUAAUAAAGACGAAAUAACGAUAGAAUUGGACAAAUACGCAAAAUUUUUAUUUGUUAAAUUCAUGAGAAAUAUAUUGAACGAAACUAUGUCGUAUUUAAUUAACCACAUCUGGAUGUAGGAGACGAGGCUUGUUUUGAAAUUAACUUAAUGGCUUGAGUUUAUUAUUUCACAUCUCAUCGUGUUCUUGCCUUGGGCUAUGUAAAAAUUAAGCAAAAAUUUAAAAUAUAGGGCCUAAAUUAACUUCUUUAAAUAUAAUAAUAAGAUUUUAAAUAUUGCAUUAUUUUGUAUGUGAAUGGGCAAUAACGAAUCUAUUUUUAUGUCUGUUCCUGAAAAUAUGCUGUAAAAUUUAAAUGAUAUAAUAUAAUUUUGUUAUUAAUACCGUUAAUAAAAAUACGUAUUUAAAGUCAUGCCUAAUAUUAAUGCAUUUUAACACAUAAAGUUUUUUUUUAACGUUCUGCAUAAAAAAAUUACGUAAAUUUCAAUAAUUCAUUCCUAAAACAAUUUUAUUACUAUAAUAGCUGUUCCGCGCAAUGCACCCGCGUUAUAAUGUUAGUGCUCCACCCUCGUGGGUCGUAGCGUGAUCAUACGCAAAGUGAUUUUCUCAUAUCGGAGUGUUAGUUCCUGAGAUUAACGCGUUCAAAUAAACAAACUAUUCACCUUUAUAAUACUAGAAUAGAUAUCGCUUGCUAAAAUCAGUUAUGCUUUUAUUUUCUAUAAAUUAUAUUUUUCGAUUGUUCGAUGAUCGAUUGUUGGUGACUAACGAGGUGUGACUUAAUAAAUAAUCGGAUUUUUAUGUACAGAAAAAGCUGUAUGAAUGUUUAUAUUUGUCUAAAGUAAUAAUACUUUCUCGUCACGGACUUUCGUCCUAUCAAGAAAUAUCAGUGAUACGAUUUUUUUUGUUAUCAAAAACUUAUUUACGAGACUUGAAAGUCAUACUUUUUCUUCCCAUUUUUCACCGUUUGAGAUUUUCGCAAAAUUCCUUUUUUAGCAUGAAACAUUUUCUAGCUUCAAUAGCUUAGGCUUUGUGAUAAUUAAAUUAAAAUCUCCUAUCUUUGGUCCUAUUUAUGGUGUUAUGUUUUUGUGGCAAUCGCGGAAGUACCAGGAGACUGUACAAAAAUACUUUGAUAUUUAAUUGACGUGAUCUCAUUGAUCCAGAACUUGAAUGAUCUAUGGUAUUAAUUGUGGAUUCGUGAAAAAAGAACGUUUAGCGUCCACGUUAUUUUGGGUGUAUAAUUUACACUUCUAUAUUUCUGUACAUUAGUUACCUUCGUCUUUUUUAUUUAUUUUUUUUAAAUUAAAAAUGACGCAAAUGUAUAUGUUUUGAUCAUACUAAUUAUAUAGAAUAUUGAAGACAAUGUUAGACUCUGAAUUUUAACAGCUAUUUAAUUUGUCCUUGUAACAUCAGCGUACGUCUAAUCAAGUAUUUGUAUUAAUUUGUUACAAUAUUUAUGUAAUGUUGUUAUUAUUUAUUGCAUUUGCUCACUGUUUAGUGUAUAAAGUUUACUCGGAGUGCCAGAUACAGGUUGAAUCUAUUUAUUGUUGUAAUAUUUUAUAAUUUAUUUUUAUUUAUAACACGCUUUAACAGGGUAAGAUUUUUUUUUAAAUACAAAAUAAUUUAUUUGGUUUUGUUUGAAAUCUAUUUAUUAGGCUACGUUCCAGAUUGCACCCUCUAGCUGUUUGUUAAGUAAAUUAAACGGGGUGCCAAUUCUACUAAUCUAUAACGAUUACUAAACGUUCCCGAUUAAAUUCCAAUUCAACUUUGACUAUUCUAUAUUUAUUCGGAUCGAAAACGAACCGAUAUGACGUUAACGUAUACUGUUACUUCAAAACUAAACUUAAUUGUUAACUUUUAUGGCAAUAGUCGAUAAUUAAAUGAAAUAAUAGGAAAAUUGAUAAACCGCAACGAUUAAGCUUCGAUUCGUUUGCGAUGAACUGACAAUUUGUUAGUAGAAUUGGACCCCCUGCUAUGACGUCACGUCGUAGUCGUAUCGUCUAGAGAGUUCAAUUUAGGAUAUCGAAAAUGAUAAUGAUAGUUAAAAAUUAUAAUGUUCAUGUUAAAUUAAUCUUGGAAAUACGUUAUCAUGGUGUUCGGUUGUUCGCCUUCGAAAAUGCUUUAAAUACUUAGUCGAUACACGAGAUUUAGUUUAUUUGUUUACAUAAUAAUAAUAUAUAAAUUAUAAUAUGUGUAUAUAGCCGUUAGUAUUUGUAAAUAAAUAGUAAUUAAUAUAUGUAUACAAGCGGAUAUAGUCAUUGUAAUGAUUCAAUGUAUAAACGAUUAGGUCAUCAUAGUUGGUGCAUUUGUUAAAGCGUUAAGUAAUUUUAUUGUCACAUUUUACAAAGUAAAAAUGCACUGUAAAGUCAGAGACAUAUUGUUAAUUGUGAACGCUAAUAUAUUUAUGUAAUAUGCAAUUUAUAUUAAACGUGUUAUUUUUUCAAUUAUUGAUUUAAUGUUUUUUUUUUUAAGUAAACAUCGUGUAACGCUCGGUACGGUCAGCCGAGUAAGCAUAUGAUUUCGAGCGUCAAAUGACGUCAGCGUUAUGUUUGUCACUGUAAGCGCGUUAAUGUGUGCGUGAAAUCGGUACAUGAGCUCACAUACAUCAAUUCUCGUGAAUAGUAGCACUCGCAAUUUUUUUUUUUUUUGUAUUGGAAAUAAUAUAUAUUUGUAAAUUUUCUUUUUAUUCUGUGUAAAAAGUUGCCUUUCAGUUGACGCGUGGAUAUGUGAACGUAUUUGCGUUUAUUAACAAUAUGUUUCGUAUUUAAUAAUAAAUAGCAGUCGUAGUAUAGUCGGUCAAAGCACUGAGGACGUGUAUUUUUCUAAAAUAAAUGUAGAUUUUCUGAUGACGUUUUCGUGAAUAUAUUCGUGCUUUAGAUUGAGUUGCCUUUAUUUGAUGGACGGUGGAAGUAAUUGUGACCUGAGGCGAGUAUUCUGUUAGAAGAGAUUAUGUAUUAAAAGAAUAAAUUACUAUUGUUUUACCGAA